AUGUCUACUUUUGGUUUAGACUUGCGAGUUCAUGCUAGUGCCUUCAAGCUUCCGGAUGAAAAGUUGUUAACGAAGCUCAGUCAGGGAACAGACCUCAUUGCUCUGGAGGCUAAGUAUCACCCUGCGUGCCUUGCUCAGCUCUAUAAGAAGGCAGACUCUCUAAAUGAAACAGCCGAUCAGAAUGAAAAUGAAAUUUCUCCUGAGAGUAUUGCUUUGGCAGAGCUUGCUUCAUACAUUGAAGAAUCAAGUGAAUCCGUUUUUAAACUGGCUGAUCUUGCAAAAGUAUACCAAUCCCGUCUUCAACAGCUUGGGCGUCCUUCUACGGCUCGAAUUAACAGCACUCGGCUAAAAGAGCGGAUUCUUACCCAUCUCCCAAGUCUAGAAGAUUACAGCGAAGGUCGGGAUGUAUACCUGGCAUUCAGAGAGAAGCUUGCCAAAAUUAUUCGAGGGGCUCACAUGGUUGAUAGCGACGAAGAAGCUAUCCAUCUGGUAAAAGCGGCUAACAUUGUACGAAAGGACAUGUUAACAACAACAAACACUUUCAAUGGUUCUUUUGAUGCAAACUGCCAGGAAAACUCUGUACCAAAGUCUCUCCUGUCCUUAAUAAACAUGAUUCUUUAUGGACCGAAUAUUGAAACCCAGUCCUGUUACCUGACUGCUAACCAACCUGGUGUGACCAUUGCUCAACUUCUGCAGUAUAAUUGUUAUGCACGUCGUAGAGGUACCAAACAAGAGCGUAAGAAUAAAUCACGUGAAACGCCAGUCGCUAUCUACACCGGUCUUGCCAUCCGUUCUAAGACUCGCAGCCGCGAAGUAGUUGAGACAAUGUACAAUCUUGGGCUAAGUGUUUCUUAUAAUAAGAUCCUUUCCAUAUCAACUUCAUUGGGGAAUGCAGCCUGCCGCCGCUACCACCAACAGAAUGUGGUAUGCCCUUCCAACUUGCGCACUGGUUUGUUCACAACUGCUGCUGUGGAUAAUAUCGACCAUAAUCCCAGCUCCACAACAGCACAGGAUUCUUUCCAUGGCACAGGGAUAUCCAUUUUUCAAAACCUAGCAACUGAGAAGUGAGGUUCUGCUCAGCAAACCAUAUCAAUAGACAAAACCACAGUGCCAGCUUCCAAAACUGUGGAAGAGCUCCCUCACUGGUACACGAACAUAACCCCAGUAGCCUUGCCUAACAAGUCUCCUCCAGUUCCUGAUGGAUGUGGCCCAUGCAAUGGAUCUUCACUUGUUCAUAUUCCCGAAGAAGAGGGAUUGUGGUUAGAAACCGUCAAGAGUCAUUUAGAUAAUGAAAACUCAAAUUCCGACACUGUCAUCUCAUGGGCAGCAUAUCACUCUGUUAGUCAACAGCCUAGUUAUCAUCUACCUGCUGUAUCAGCGUUACUGCCCUUGUUUCCUGACAAUGCGAAGUCCAUGGCCAUGAUCGCACACACAAUGGAUGUGAUCAAAUCAUGUGUACAUCACCUCAAUCCAAGACAGGUUCCAGUGAUAGCGUUAGAUCAGCCUCUGUAUACUGUAGCCAAACAAAUACAGUGGAACUUUAAGGAAAAAUACGGAGAAGAUAAGUUUGUGAUAAUGUUUGGAGGGCUACAUAUUGAAAUGGGCUUCCUUAAGCUUAUUGGUAGCUGGCUAGAGGGAAGUGGAUGGACGACCGCCCUAGUAGAUGCUAACGUCGCAUCAUCGGGCACGGCAGAAUCAUUUAUCAAAGCAACUAGUGUCACCUGA